AUGUUGCUUUCCGUAUUUAUGAAGCAGUUGUCAGUGAUCAGCACUCUUAUUACAUGCGCAGCCUCUCAUGGGUUUGUGCAGUUCAUCGUUGCCGAUGGCAAGAAUUAUAGCGGUUGGGACCCGGGUUUCCGCUAUCAAGAUCCACCACCAAGCAUCCCAGGUUGGACGGCGAAUAAUCCUGAUAUCGGUUUCGUCAGUCCCGAUUCAUUCGCCCACCCGGACAUCAUCUGCCACAAAUCCGCCACGCCGGGUCAGGCAUAUGUCGACGUAACCGCGGGUAGCACAUUAACACUUCAGUGGUUCACAUGGCCAGACAGCCAUAAAGGGCCCAUCAUUGACUAUCUGGCUGAUUGCGGCGCUGCCGGCUGCACUGGAGCCAAGAAGGAAAACUUGCAGUUUGUUAAGAUUGCACAGGCUUCUUGGAAGUCUGGCAACGAAUGGGCUUCGGAUGAUCUGAUUAGGAACCAAUUCAAGUGGCAGGUCAAGAUUCCAUCAACUCUAAAGCCCGGUUACUAUGUGUUACGCCACGAGAUAAUCGCCCUCCAUGGCGCCUUUGAUAUCGGUGGCGCUCAGGCAUACCCGCAGUGUAUAAACUUACACGUCUCGGGUGCCGGAUCCAAGUCUAUCAGUGGCGGCGUGCCCGCUACCAAGUUUUACAAAGAAGAUGACCCCGGAAUUUUCUUCAAUAUUUACGGCGAGAUUGCUAGUUAUCCUGUACCGGGGCCUGGAAAUAUUUGGACUGGCGCAUAA